UGAUGCGCAUGCGAAUAUUGUUUGAUUUCAUUACCUGCAUAAUAUAUAUACAAUUGUCUGCAAAUUUUUUGCCACCUUCAACGGCUCAAGUCAAGCAGAGUACGCUUUUUUCUGAGUUUUACGCCGACUAUAAAAACUACCACAACAAUGAUGAGCUGAAAUAUGCUUAUCACUACUACAUCGACCAUCCUGAGUCAAUGGUGCAUUUGCAUCAUCAGGAGGAGCGUCAAGGCACGAGAGUGAUCGGCGAGUAUGGAUUACUGGAGCCCGGUGGUUAUGUGCGCAACGUCUAUUAUAUGGUGGACAGCAGUGGGGGUUUUCGUGCCAUUGUACGCACACGAACAGCAGCAAGCAGCACACAGCAAAUGUUGCAAUUACAUCAGCAACAGCCAAACAAACCAGUACAACAUGCAGAACCAGUAGCAUUUAUCAAUUGA